ACCAACAUAUAAGAAAAAAUAAAAAAGAAAAAGGACAUGAUAGAGGGAGAAAGAGAGACGGCUCUCUAAUCACAAUCUUCGACGGAGAAAAUGAGCGAAUUUUAGAGAGAGAAAGUCAAUAAUCUUCUCCUUUGCUGCUUAAAAGUUCACAGCUUUCCCUUCUUGAGGUUCAAGUUAAGGUCUUUGCAAUGCAAACUUUGCUGUUGGCUAUGGCAGAAUGCAUGUGCUGAUAUUGUAGUAGCUGUGAUAAUCAUGGCAUAUUGCCUUGGUUUUUUUUCCUGGAAAAUUUUAUCUAAAUGGAGAGAAAUCUAGGAAAAGGCUUAAUGGAUCAACAGAAGAACCAUGAACAAAUUCGAUACAAUAAUAUGGAAGCUGGAAAUGAGACUCUUGAGUCUGCAAACCAAAGAUUUUUCCAUGAUCCAUCUAGUAAUAUUAAUACUAACAUCCGACCUCCUGAUUAUAGUAUGACGGUUGGAGCCAGACCGGUUUUGAAUUACUCCAUUCAGACAGGUGAGGAGUUUGCUCUGGAAUUUAUGCGGGAAAGGGUAAAUCCCCGGCAGCAUUUUGUUCAGAAUGCUUAUGGUGAUCCUAACAGUGGACCUCUUUAUAUGGAUCUAAAAGGCAUUCUGGGAAUUUCUCAUACAGGUUCUGAAAGUGGCUAUGAUAUCUCUAUGCUGAAUACGGUAGAAAAACCCUGUCCCCAGGAGUUUGAGAGAAAGUCCCCUUCUGUGCAUGAAGAAAAAAGCUAUUAUGAUUCCAUGCGGUCAGUUUCUCAGUCCUCUUCAAGGAAUGACAUUAGUCAGGGGCAUCAAGGUUUUGUAUCCAGAAAUGCAUCGCUUAGCUCCUCUACUAAGGUGAAGUUCCUCUGCAGCUUUGGUGGUAAAAUUUUACCACGUCCCCGUGAUAGGAAACUUAGAUAUGUUGGGGGGGAAACACGUAUGAUUAGAUUAAGCAGGGAUAUUUCCUUUCAAGAGCUUGUUCAAAAAAUGUUAGCAAUUUAUGACCAAGCCCAUACAAUAAAGUAUCAGUUGCCUGGUGAGGAUCUUGAUGCAUUGGUCUCUGUAUCUUGUGAUGAGGAUCUGCAGAACAUGAUGGAGGAAUGUAAUGUGCUAGAAGAAGGAGGACCCCAGAAACCCAGGAUAUUCCUUUUCUCUAGUAGUGAUUUGGAUGAUGCUCAGUAUGGCUUGGGCAGUGUAGAGACUGAUUCUGAGAUGCAAUAUGUUGUUGCUGUCAAUGGCAUGGACCUAGGAUCUAGAAAAAACUCAAUUGCAGCAAGUGCUUCCGAGAAUAAUUUGGAUGAGUUACUUGGUUUGAACAUUGUAAGGGAGGCUGGUCGAACUGUAAGUGAAGCAGCUGCUACUGGUUCUGCUUCUUUGACAGCUCAUGCACCUUCAUCAACAGUCCAAUCUUCUCAUGCACCUUCAUCAACCCUACAAUCUUCUCAACCUGUUUUGGUGAGUUCAUCUAACACUUAUGAAUCUAGUUCACAGCCAUGUUCAGAGGCAAAAAUGCGUCAUGGAGAAGUUAGCCAGUCUUCCACUCCCCAGAUGGAUGGGAAGAGUAAUGUUCCUUUGUCUCCUCCAUUGCAGUAUAGUUAUGGUUCUCAACCUUCUAACUAUGUGAUGCCUGGAGAAAGUUUAGUCUCGAUGCCGGUCCAGGGGCAUGUGACCCCCCAGGUGGGUUUGGCUGAUAUGGGCUUUCAAGUACAAGAUCCAGAAGUAUCUAUAAAAGAGGUGAAACUAAAAAGAGAUAGCUCAGCCCCAAAAAUUGCUGAACCUGAAAAGGUACGUUCCCUAGACAAAGCUCCUCCAACAAAGGAGCCAAAAAUGAAAAGAGAUGCAUCUCUCCCUAAGAUCAGUGAAACUGAAAAGGUUCGGAUAUCUGAGAAAGAGUACAGUGUCCCUUCAAAUGCACAUGACAGUUCUGUUGCAAACCAUAUUUUCAGUGAGGAAGCAUCUGUUACCAUGUCAGUGCCAGACACUGUCUCAUCUUCAUUUCCUGCAAAAAAUUUCAAAAAGACCCAGGAAGCUGUUCAGAACGUAGUUUUGCCUGAAGUUGUAACUGAAGGGAGAAAGAAUGUUGAAGAUGACCACUUUUACACAGCUAGCGGGCCUUUUACAUCUGGUGCUGGUGGUUCUGAGGCUGAUCCAAAUGACUUUAGCUGCCUUGAGCCAUCUGUGAUUCCACAGCGAGUUUUCCAUUCAGAGAGAAUCCCUAGGGAGCAGGCAGAAAUGAACCGUUUAUCAAAGUCUGAUGAUUCUUUUGGGUCUCAGUUUCUAAUGUCUCAAGCACAUUCUGAUCCUUCCCAAAUAAUUAGAGAAGCAGUUGACAAGAUUCAUGAUGGGAAUUUGUCUCCUCAAGCUGAUCAGUCUGUCCAAUCUGCAAAUCCGAGGUCUAAAAAUCCUCGGACUGUUAUGGAUGGGCUUGCUGAAUUUGAAAAUUACAAAGGUUUUGCUGAUAAAAUCAUCUCUAAUAUUUCUGAGGAGGGGCUUGAGUCAACUAAGGAGAAAUCUGAAUUGAAACAAGUCUCAGUUAAGAGCACUGUUGAUGAAGCAGCAGUUGGGUUAAAUCAUCCCACAGCAGGGCAAAGAACUUCUGUUAAGCACCUUGAUGAUCCUUCUUUGAAGCCGUCUGAUUUUGAGCGAAUUGAGAAGGAUGAAAACAAGAAUGCAGGAAAUCACACUAAGGGGCAUAACCAACCUUUGGUGUGGGCAGAGAACCCAACUAGAGCAACUUCCACUGUACCGCCUGCUGCUUCUGUAUGCAGCUCUGAGCAUGGAGACAUACUUAUUGAUAUUAACGACCGGUUUCCCCGUGACCUUCUGUCUGAUAUAUUCUCAAAAGCAAGAAUGUCCCAGAACCUCUAUGAUAUCAGUCCAUUCUCUGGUGAUGGAGCUGGACUGAGCUUAAACAUGGAGAAUCAUGAACCUAAGCAUUGGUCAUACUUUCGUAAUUUGGCUCAAGAUGAGUUUGUUAGAAAGGAUGUUUCCCUCAUGGAUCAGGAUCAUCUGGGUUUCUCAUCUCCACUUACAAAUAUUGAAGUUGGGGCUCCAAUUGAUUAUAGCUAUCCACCUUUGAAAUCUGCUGGUGGAGUUGCCUUAGCUCAAAUUAAGCCAGACAUCAGUUUUGAUGAGGACAUUAGGCAAGAGUCAGUUUCUGUUGCUGCUACUAACAACUUGGAUAUAGGCUCAGAAUACAAGAAGUCUCCACUCGAGGGUGAUGAAAGUGUACAAGCUGGGCAAAGCCUUCAAGUACCUGAAUCUGAGUUUGAGGAUGGGAAAUUGGAUAUUCAGAAUACUGGUGUACCUCUUGUGGAUCAUUGCCAUGGAGAAUUUGAUAUAAGCACAUUGCAGAUCAUUAAAAAUGUAGAUCUGGAAGAGCUAAGGGAGUUGGGUUCGGGUACGUUUGGGACUGUCUACCACGGAAAAUGGAGAGGAACAGAUGUUGCCAUCAAGCGAAUAAAAAAAAUCUGUUUCACUGGUCGUUCAUCUGAGCAAGAGAGAUUGACUGUGGAGUUCUGGCGUGAAGCUGACAUCCUUUCAAAGCUUCACCACCCCAAUGUAGUGGCCUUUUAUGGUGUGGUGCAAGAUGGACCUGGAGGAACACUAGCCACUGUCACAGAGUUCAUGGUGAAUGGCUCUCUUAGACAUGUCUUGCUUAGCAAAGACAGGCAACUUGAUCGUCGUAAGCGACUCAUUAUUGCCAUGGAUGCAGCAUUUGGGAUGGAAUAUUUACAUUCAAAAAACAUUGUGCAUUUUGAUUUAAAAUGUGACAACCUGCUUGUCAACUUGAAAGAUCCUGUACGGCCAAUUUGCAAGGUUGGGGACUUCGGGUUGUCAAAGAUAAAAAGGAAUACCUUGGUUACUGGUGGUGUGAGGGGAACUCUUCCAUGGAUGGCCCCAGAGCUGUUGAAUGGCAGUAGUAGCAAGGUUUCUGAAAAGGUCGAUGUGUUCUCAUUUGGUAUUGUUCUAUGGGAGAUUCUUACUGGCGAGGAACCGUAUGCCAAUAUGCAUUAUGGAGCAAUAAUAGGAGGCAUCGUUAGCAACACGCUCAGGCCACCCGUACCAAGCUACUGUGACCCAGAAUGGAAGCUACUAAUGGAGCAGUGUUGGGCUCCGGAUCCUGUGGUUCGACCUUCAUUCACAGAGAUUGCUAGACGCUUACGAAUCAUGUCAUCAGCAUGCCAGACAAAACCACAGGGUCAUCAGAUGCAGAACCAAGCAUCCAAUGUUCAGUGUAGCUAACUAUUGGCCUGCCCCAUCAUUCAGCCGAAUAAAAGGCUACCCUCGUAUGAUUAGACCUGAUCAUGAGUUGGGUCACUUGUCAAGCCGCAAAGGCCCGCUCAAGAAGUGGAAGGAUUACGAUAAAAAUAUGGACCCAACAAAUGAGCUUGGACAAAAAAUAAAGUUCUUUUUUUAAACGGGUCGAGCCUUGUAAGAUAUUUUCCAUUACUAUUUAUUGUUGUUUUGUUGCUGUUUGCUGCAAUUUUGAUUUUGUUUUGAUACAAUUUUGCUAUUAUAUUGUUACUAUUUUGUUAUUAUUUGGAUAUUGUAAAAUUCUUGUUUUAUUAUUAAUUUUGCUACUAUUUUAGAGGCAUUUGCUUA